CUGGCGGCCUUCAACGGCAAAGGGUUCGCUAUGUGGAAGGAUAAGCUGUUGACGCACGGCAAUCAUAUCGAUCAGUUGUACAAGCGCAAGCAACUCGAGAAGGCGCUGCCCUCUGUCCACGUUUUGAUGGUUGACUUCCCCCAUGGAAGCCCGGAAAAGCCGCCAUCACUCCCUGGGGAUAGUGACCUCAUCGAUAAGGAGAAGAACAUCAUGGCUUGGAACGUGAUGGACUGGGAAAGGGGUCGCGGAGACCUGCAAAACCUGCUAAAUCAGGUCCUACCCAACUCGUUCCUGUCAACUCUUUCAGACCUAGUGUCGAACCUAGACCCAUGCGAGGUAAUGAAGGACCUCGAGAAGAACUAUGGGCAGGGCGAUGCGGCUGGUCUGCUUGAGUUGACCCGAGCCUGGUCAAGGUUGGCUCGGAGCCAGUGGCGCGAUCUUCGCACCCUCUUCGCCCCAGCUGAAGAAAGCGCGCAAUGA